CGAAUAUCCAUUUAUUAACAAAUCGGAUUUGAAUUAACUUACAAAAUAUCUGUUGAAUUAUCGAAUCGAAUCGAGUAAAAUACUUAUCAGAUUUGGACCGAAUCAGGCUUGAUUCAGUCUGAUCCUUUUACAAGUUUAAACAUGAAUACCUGCGAAUGAGUACAGAGCCCGAGGUCGAAACAUGACGAAAUCAAUAAAAUUUAAAUCACGGAACAUGAACAAAACAUAAACAAAGUGUAAAAGCAUCCAUUUAAAAGUAUAGUGUGACUCCUAUAUAAGUAUGUAGUUCAAACCAAAUUGACCAAAAGUUUUACCACUAAUUAUUCUAUAUAUAUAUAGCUGUAAAGGCACGCCCAACAGUAGAUAGCCAUACGAAGAAGAACCUUAAUUGAUUCCCUUUACCAAAAAAUCAUAAUUAAAGAGUACUAAUUAAAUGAAUUUUUUGUUUUUAAUUCCAUUGGGCUUUGUCGUGUGCGUAUAUAAUAUAGUAAUGCUAAACAAGUCAUAAAAGUAAACCGACUGAUGUAUCAUAUUUCAAAGAUUGAUUUCACACCCAAAACGUGGAGAGAGUUUUAAAAGCAUUAACAUAUCAUAUUUCAUUGAUUCAGCUCACCCUUUUAGUAGUAUAUAUAUAAAACACCGAACAAACCAAUAGAGACAGAAAUCAAUAUAGAGAGAGAAAGAGAGAGGAAGAGAGAGAGAGAGAGAGAGGAGUGAAUAUGGUGAUGUCUGUAUUGAUGAGAUUCAUAUACCCACAACCUCCUCCUGUGUUCAUCACGGCCAUGUGUGUGAUUAGUGUUGUAUCGUUAGCCCUGUUUGGUUUAUCAGAAAUCAUAGGAAAACACUUGCAAUAUUCCAAAUUUUGGAAUGCUGAUUCACACAAAUUCAUAGCAAAGCAGAUCAAAUUAUCCAGCAGAACCGGCAUGCUCAUGUUAUAUGCUCCUGCAUUUCUUGCUUCUCUUGCUUCCUUUGCCCUUUUCCCUCGUCAGGGUUUUAGGUUUCUGUUGGUGAAUUCAGCUCUCACCAUCCAUUUCUUCAAGAGGAUCCUUGAGGUUUUAUUCAUUCACAAAUAUAGUGGAGCGAUGAUCCUUGAUUCUGUGAUUACUAUCUCCCUCAGUUAUUGCAUCUCCACCGCAACCAUGAUCUACGCACAACACCUAACACAAGGAUUUCCGGAGCCACCUGUUGAUCUGAAGUACGUGGGAAUCGUAAUCUUCUUAGUAGGAAUAAGUGGUAACUUUUACCACCAUUACCUCCUUUCUAAACUGAGAGAGGAGGGUGACAAAGAAUACAAGGUUCCUAAAGGGGGUUUAUUUGAUCUGGUGAUAUGCCCACACUAUUUUUUCGAAAUAUUAGGGUUUGUAGGUAUCUCCUGCAUUUCUCAAACGCUAUAUGCAUUCUCCUUCACUCUAGGCACAACUUUUUACUUGAUGGGGAGGAGUUAUGCCACUAGAAAAUGGUACCUUUCGAAAUUUGAAGAUUUUCCCAAGAAUGUGAAGGCUCUCAUUCCAUAUGUUUUUUAGAAAUGUUUGGAAGUGUAAAAAAACAAAUGAAUAAAUCUAGUUUGACACUGAUACAAAUUUUAUUUUAUUUUUAUUUUUAUUAUUAUUUUUUAGUUCUUGUAAGAAGCAGAGCUGUGUAUUAUCAUGUGAUUUUCAUAUCUAAGAAGCAAACUGGUUAGUGGUUA